AUGAAAGCAUGGCCUGUAAUAUACAUAAUAAAGAGACCCUUUCUCAUCUUGAUAUUCAGACAACAAGAUCUAAAUCAAGUUAAAGUUCAAUCGGACAAUAUGGAUGCGGAUCAUUAUCUCCAAAGGGCUGCAAUACAAAGAGAUUUCACUGAAGAUGAAGCGUCCUUGGAGAAGUGGAAAUCCUUAUCCUCCAGAGUUGACGAGUCUGAAGGAAAUCCAUCUGGUGGCUUUGAGUGUAACAUCUGCCUGGACGUCGUACAAGAUCCAGUCGUCACAAUCUGUGGGCACCUGUACUGUUGGCCCUGUAUUUACCGAUGGAUUAAUCGCCAUGAUAACUCCCCAGAAAACCCGGAUCAUCAGCAGCCACAAUGUCCUGUCUGCAAGUCAGAAUUAUCGGAGAAGACCUUAAUCCCACUCUAUGGACGUGGAAAAACUAUGAGCCCCUCUAAAGACAAGGCUUCAAAUUUAGGUAUUCUCAUACCACAUAGGCCUCCUAGUCCUCGAUGUGGGGUUAACAUGCUGAUACCAAAUAUAAGUACUGGUCAUUCGCUUCCACCUCAACGUCAUCGACAAAGUUAUGUCAAUCCCUCUCAACCGUUUCACCCUUCCCCAAGCAGCCAUAUGGCCUCACCCAUGACUGGCAUCGGUGGGAUGACACAAAAUGUUAUCGAUCCUAUGGUCGGUAUGUUCUGGGAAAUGGUUUACUCGAGGAUAUUUGGAAAUUCGGAUACAACUCUGUAUACAUAUCCAAACUCUUACCAUUUAGCAGUGGAGAGUGGCGGUGGCCGUCGGCUGACAUCGUGGUGGCGGCUAAUGUUUGGUGGAGGAGAAGCUUCCAAAAGGAAGAGUAAAUUCAAUCUUGGCUGGCCUACUUUUCUUUCUUCCGUUUACCUUAGAUGA